CCUCUCUCUCUCUUUCUCUCUCUUCCUUCUUCUCGUACUCUCUGUCUAUAAAGAUUGCCAUUGUUUAGCUUCUGCUUGUUAAUUGCAUUCGUUUCUGCUCUCUGAUAUGCACUUUUCCCCUCCCACUCUUAGCUGCUAUUUGGAGUAGCAGUGUUUUGUUACUCUAGACUGUUUCUGAGCUCAUUAUAGGGAAAUUCGGCAAAUUCAGUUUUUUUUUUUUUUAAUUCGAUAAUUAUAUUCAAGCGCCGCAGUCCUGCACCUAGAAUUGAGCUUCCGUAUUCCCUUCUACAACUUGAGAAUUGAGCAAACAAGAAUAUUUGCUGUGUUCUUGUGUUGGGGGCUACUGAUUGAGUUUGAAUGUACAAAUGCAUAGUGGGUGAUGAUAAAAAUGUAGGGCUUGAUUAGUCUGUCUGAUGACCUGUUGAGAUUUUAAGUCCCUACAUGUGGAUUGGGGUGGUGGCAGGAGAUUCCUGUGAACAUGAUUUGAACAGGGAAAACACUGGUGUAUAUAUGUAUUGUACUCAAUAAAUCUUGGUGUAAGCUGGCUUGUUGAUUGAGUAUGCCAAUCAAUAGUUUCAAUUAUUAUGAGCACUUCAAUUUCACACUUCAAUAGUGUUAGUAAGUAAAGGCCUUUUCCACUUGGUGCAAGGAAGUUGUUCUUUUUAUAACCUAAGAUGAUAGUGCUCUUGAGCUCAACUGUGACUUUGAUUGGAGCUUUAUGCAAAUGGAUGACAGCCAUUUUUACGAUCUGAAACAUCGUCUGCAUAACUUAGAUAGAAAGCCAAUAGUUGGUUGUCAACAUGGAUAUCGAUCUUAGAUUACCUUCAGGAGAUCAUGAUAAAGAAGAAGAAGAAACAAAUGGUAUUGUUAACUUGCUUGAUCAUGAAGAGAAACUCGAUGGUGUCGAAGUGGGUGGAGAUAUGGACAUUGAAGAGAAAAUACAUGUUGAAGAUGGAGGGGAGAUGAACUCUCCCAUGGGCGAUAUGGGAGAAUUUAAAGAGGAUGUAAAUCUUGAGCCACUUGCUGGUAUGGAAUUUGAAUCACAUGGGGAGGCAUAUGCCUACUAUCAAGAAUAUGCCAGGUCCAUGGGAUUUAACACUGCAAUACAAAACAGCCGUCGUUCAAAGACAUCAAGAGAGUUCAUUGAUGCUAAAUUUGCAUGUUCUAGAUAUGGUACUAAGCGUGAAUAUGAGAAACCUGCAAACCGCCCACGUAGUAGACAGGGAAGUAAGCAGGAUCAAGAAAAUGCCACUGGUCGACGAGCAUGUGCAAAGACCGACUGCAAAGCAAGCAUGCAUGUUAAGCGUAGACCUGAUGGGAAAUGGAUUAUUCACAGAUUUGAGAAAGAGCAUAACCAUGAACUUAUGCCUGCCCAAGCUGUCAGUGAACAGACUAAGAGGAUGUAUGCUGCAAUGGCAAGACAAUUUGCUGAAUACAAAAAUGUUGUUGGUCUAAAACAUGACUCCAGAAGUCCAUCUGAUAAAGUUCGGAAUUUGGCUAUGGAAGCGGGUGAGGCAAAUAUUUUGCUUGAAUUCUUUAUUCAGAUGCAGAGUAUGAAUUCCAACUUCUUUUAUGCCAUAGAUGUAAGUGAGGAUCACCGUUUAAAGAAUUUGUUCUGGACUGAUGCAAAAAGUAGACAUGAUUAUGCGAAUUUCAGUGAUGUUGUGUCUUUUGACACUACCUAUCUUAGAAACAAGUAUAAAAUGCCGCUAGCACUUUUUAUUGGGGUGAACCAGCACUAUCAGUUCAUGUUGCUUGGAUGUGCUUUACUGUCUGAUGAAAGUUCAGAAACAUUUUCUUGGGUGAUGCGGACAUGGCUAAAGGCAAUGGGUGAUCAAGCUCCCAAAAUCAUAAUCACUGACCAAGAAAUGGUCAUGAAGUCAGUCGUUUCAGAAAUCAUGCCAUCAACCCUCCAUUUCUUUUGUCAGUGGCAUGUACUUGGAAAGGUCUCUGAAAAUCUUAAUCAUAUCAUUAAGCAGAGUGAGGAAUUCAUGGCAGAGUUUGAAAAUUGCAUUUACAGGUCAUGGACAGAUGAGGAAUUUGAAAAGAGUUGGCAAAACCUGGUUCAAAAGUUUGAACUUGGAGAAAAUGAAUUGAUGAUGUCGCUGUAUGAGGACCGGACGAAAUGGGUACCUACAUUCAUGAAGAAUGCAUUUUUAGCUGGUAUGUCUACAGCUCUGCGAUCUGAGAGUUUGAACUCUUUCUUUGACAAAUAUGUGCAUAGGAAGACCACCAUCCAGGAGUUUGUAAAACUGUAUGAAGCUAUCUUACAAGAUAGGUAUGAAGAGGAAGCAAAGGCAGAUUCUGAUACAUGGAACAAACAGCCUGCUUUGAAGUCUCCAUCACCAUUUGAGAAGCAUGUGGCAGGGGUGUACACACAUGCUGUAUUUAAGAAAUUUCAAGUUGAAGUUGUAGCUGCAGUUGCCUGUAUUCCCAAAGAUGAGAAGCGAGAUGAGACAGCUGUAACUUUUAUAAUUCAAGAUUUUGAAAAGAGUCAAGAAUUCACGGUAACCUGGAAUGGGCAUAAGUCAGAAGUAUCCUGUAUGUGCCACAUGUUUGAGUAUAAAGGCUUUCUUUGUAGACAUGCGAUGGUUGUUCUUCAAAUAGGUGGCAUUUCUACCAUUCCACCACAAUAUAUCUUGAAACGAUGGACAAAAGAUGCCAAGGUCAGAUUCCCUGUGAUAGAUGGAUCUGAAGGUGUGCAGUCUAGGGUUCAAAGAUACAAUUAUCUAUGUCAGCAAGCAAUGAGAUUGGCUGAAGAAGGAUCUUUAUCUCAAGAAAGUUACAGAUUUGCUUUUCGCUCACUUGAUGAAACUUUGGGGAAUUGUGUGGAUGCUAACAGCUCAAAUAAGAAUCUUGUUGAUGCUGGUACUACAUCUACUCCGGGUCUUCUAUGCAUAGAAGAAGAUAACCAAAGUAGAAGCAUGAAUAAGAUGAAUAAGAAGAAAAAUAACCCUACUAAAAAAAGAAAGGCAAACUCUGAACCAGAUGUUAUGGCUGUAGGAGCACCAGAAAAUCUGCAACAAAUGGAUAAAUUAAGCUCUAGACCAGUAACUCUGGAUGGUUAUUUUGGCCCACAACAUGGUCUACAAGGCAUGGUACAGUUGAACUUGAUGGCACCAACUCGUGACAACUACUAUGGAAACCAGCAACCUAUUCAGGGGCUAGGACAGUUAAACUCUAUCGCACCCACACAUGAUGGCUAUUAUGGGACUCAACCUACAAUGCAUGGGCUGGGCCAAAUGGACUUCUUCCGAACCCCAAAUUACCCAUAUGGCAUUCGGGAAGAACCGAACGUAAGACCUACACAGUUGCAUGAUGAGGCUUCCAGACAUACCUGAGGACAAAAUUUCUUGCCACCUAGGGGCACAUGGAAGUGUGAGGUGAAAAUCUUUUAGAACGCAAUAUGGUUUGUGCGUCGUGCUCUGGAUUUGUGAAGGCAAGAAUCUCUAGAUCUUGUAAAAUAAGGGAGAAAAUAGACAGUUAGAAGUAAUGGUGUAAUGUUGUAUAAAGGCUGUUGUAGCAUUGUUUGUGAUGAAUUCAGUAUAUUUAGAGACCAUUCAAGAUAAGAACCAAGCAGAGUGUAAUCUUUCUUUAAGCUACUGCAAUUAGACAGUAACAAUAGCAGAAUUUGUUGUACUUUUCGUUCUCCAGUUUGUACCUGAGGUAUUAUUCUCUCUCUGUA